CGCCUUUCUUGUGCUCGAACCCGCCUUUCUUCUUUUUUUUUGUCUCGAACCCGCCUUUCCUGUGCUCGAACCCGCCUUUCUUCUUUUUUUUUUGUCUCGAACCCGCCUUUCUUGUGCUCGAACCCGCCUUUCUCCUUUUUUUUUGUCUCGAACCCGCCUUUCUUUUUUUUUUGUCAUGGACCCGCUUGGUGUUAUCAUGAACCCGCCCUAUGUUUUGCCCCAAAGCUCCUUGACAUCGUCCUAAUUUUUCUUUUUAUUUGCCUCGUAGCUCAAUGGAUUCUCAUGAGGAAAACCAGGCGCAUCAGUGCAUGGACUGCGAAGGGAAAUUCAGCUCGAAAAAACAUCUGAAAGAUCACCGUGAUGAUUAUCACAGUGAGGAAUGUUGUGUGUCUCUCCCUAAUACACAAGGUUUUGAUCUUCCUCACCGAAUUCAUCGCGUAGAUGGUCAUUUUACUUGUCCUCUUUGCCAGAGGAAAAUUAGGACUACACGUGGGAUGAAAAGCCACAUUAAGUUGAGAAGGUGCCAGGGUAAGGCUGAUGAUGAAGGUGAUGAAUCAGCAGGCUCCCAAGAAACGGGACCAGCAACCCCACUCUCUUCCAAGAGAACUUUCGAGGAAAUGGUUUUUACUGCUUGCGGGGGCAGUUGGAUGCAACAGACCAUGAGAAAAAGAAGACGUUAUUAUUCACAGAGUGUUUUGAACUUGCACCAAUUUCUCUAAUCACAAAAUCAGGCGUCAAUCACACCCUUUUGGGACAUGUUCCAAUCCUCGACGAGCUGUCGGCUGAUAGCCCAGUGGCUUUAACCGUUGCUUCCACACAGUUGUAUAAGAAUCAGGACAAACCGUUUUGCAGCCGCUGUUCAAGCUUCCCCUCUCCUGGCUUAGAGGGUCUCCUCCGAGUGUCGCCCUAUGCGAAACUCCUUUUGGAAAUGAAGUUGUUGAGCUCUCGGAGGAUAAUACCAAAAUCUUGAACGAGGACUGGGUUUCCAGGCCUUAUUUAAAGC